AUGGUGUUUUAUCGUCUGUCCUCAGCCUCCAGGUGGGCCUGUGAUCCCGGCUACGGGCCCGCAGCUGAGCAAACAGUGGCGGGGCCCUGGGGGCUCCGGGGCCGCAGAGCUCAGCCCACACGGACACCAAAGCCCCGGCCUGCUGGGCCCCCCGCGGCCUGGCCCUGCGGGGAGUCUCACGCGGCCACGGCGAGCGGCGCGCCCCUCGGGCCGGCGGGGAGCAGUGGGCAAGGCCGUGAGGUCCCCCCCCACCCCGCCAGGGUCCCGGCCUCAGCCUCCUGGACCCAAGCUCUGCGGCCCCAGCUCGGCCGUCCCCGAAUACUGUGUCCCCACGACGCCGUCCUGCCUCCCGCGGGCCCAGCAGACACGUGGAUCGGCGCCGCGUCCGAGGGUCGGGCUCGGGGCCACACGCUCCUCCGCGGAAGCCGAGCCCGGGCUGUGCGCGCCGUGAAGGCCGUGGGCAGAGGGACCCAGGGCUUCCAGCUGCAGGAGGGGCCGGGGCAGGGGCCGCGCAGGGGGAAGGUGAGCGGGGAAGCCGGAGGCGAGGCUGUGCUGCAGGCGCGGCCCCUCCGGCUCCCGAGAGCUGACGUCUCCCUGGGGCCAUGCAGACAGCGGUGCUGGGACACCCCCCGGCCUCCUGUUCCUGGCGGGCGGGACCCCGUCCUGUGCAAAACCUGUCCUGGCGUUUGUGAAGCAGGAGGCCGCCUGGCAGCGUCCUUUGGGGUCGGGGUGGAUCGCGGGCCUGACGAGCACCUGCACGGCCCUGCCCCUCCGGGCACACAGCUCCUGCCCACUUGGUGCGGGGCGAGGGGGGGGGCUGCCGUGAUUCUUUAUGGGGCACCCAUAAAGCAGGUGGCUGGGGGCAAACCUCCUGGAACACAGCAGCCCUCCCCCCCCCCAUGGCUCCGCUCUGGGGCCCUCUGGGGGUCCCCACCCCCGUCCCCAUGCCUGAUGAGCCUCUGCAGGAAGGAGCAGGACCGAGGCCCCUGGGGGUCCCCACCUCGAGCCUGUGCCGAUGAGGGUCCGCAGGAGGGCCCGGAUCUCAGGCCCAGGCCUGGCGGGGGAGGGGGUCCCACAGGCCGAGCCCAUGCAAACCCCUGGAACAGACACGGCUCCGUGGGAAAGAGGGAACGUGAGUGUGAAGACCUGAGCACACGGGAGUCACUCGCCCAACGACAAUCUCACCCGGUGGCCGUGAGCCGCCCCCGCGUGGGGGUGCCCGGUCCCGCCCCACCGCCGCAGACGCUGGCUCCAGCUCCCCAGCUCCGCUUCAACACAGCAGGGAUCAGGGGCGCAGGUGCAGAGGCUCAGGCCCCAAAGUCCCAACUGGGCCUCACGACCCGGCCGCGAGGGCCCCGGGGCUGCUGGCUGCAUCCGCUGGUGCAGGGGAGCUCACGGCAGGGAUUCGCGUGCCACCACGUGGGCUUGUCCGCGUGUGAGCGUGUGCGGCCUGCCUGUGACGGGGACGCCCCGGCCCUGCCGGCCACGCCGCUGCGCCACUGGAGCUCUUCUGUGGGCGUCGCCACAUCUGCGGACAGGAAGCCCCUCCUGCGGCAGCUGCUGACCUGCCUGCUGGACCCCGUCCCCCCUCCACCCCCCUCCCCUCCCCCUCCCCCCCCACCUGUGCACCCGUGUGCCCAAGCUGUUAACCCCUCGAGGCCGCGCAGCCCCAGGGACUGGCCUGAGCAGCCCGGCUGGGGACCCGCCUGGGGAGGGACGGUUCCGGGCCGGGAAGCGUUUGCAGCGUCGGUGACACCCCCGCGGACGGAGAAGCAGGAUGACGCCCCUGAGCCCACCGAGCCCUGGCGCCCCGGGGGCCUGAGGUCCUUGGCUCUGAACGGUCAGCGGGAACCGACCCCGGGCCUCAGCCUGGACUGGAACCUGAGCACCAACCCCCCGGGGCCUCGCCGGGCCCCCCAGGCCCCCAACCCCGCGCUGACCGGCUGGGCACUGCCCCCGGGCCCGACUCUGCUCCCACCGCAGCCCUCGCCGUCCAGGGAGCAAGACCAAGAGCAGAUGGGCAAGGGCAGUGGGGGUGCCAGGGGAGCCGCGCCCCCACAGCCCCCCGGGACCCCCGCGGCCCAGCGCCUCGGUCUCGGGGCCGCCCGCGCUGCCUCUGGAGCAGCUGGCUGCUGUGGGGCCCCGCGCUCAGGCAUCCAGAGCCUGCAAGGGGCAGCACCGCCACCCUGGGCCAAGGUGGAGGCCGCGGCUUGGCGGGGGGGCAUUUUCGGGACUCGCCCUCCUGUUCGGGGAGCCUGUCGCAGUCGCGACAGGAAGCUCAGGACCGCGCUUGGCCGUGGGGCCCUAGGCCGGCAGGCCGCUAACCCGUCCUGCAGCAGCGGCCCUGGUGCCAGGGCUCUGGCCCGGCCCCCCAGGAAGCACGAGGCUGUCGCAUGCAGCUCCCCGGGUCGCAGAGGAGCAAAGGCAAGUCGCUGGAGGCCAGAGAAGGAGAGUGUCGCCUGGCCGGCCCGCCCUCGCUCCCCCGGGUCGGCACAGACACCUGAGAGCCUGCGGCUGACGGCCGCCACCUGCUCUGACGCGGCCCCGAGACACACAGACCUGGUGGGGGGCAGUGAGCUACGGGGAGCCCAGCCCUCCCCGCCACCUGCCGGCUUCGCAGUGUGCCUGCCGCGGGGGGACAAAGCCCAGAACGUGGACACAUCGGGCCAUUCGCAGUUUGCUCGUCCCGAGUUAGGAUGUGUCCAUCGUGGUCGCCGGAGCGUCACGGGGAGGCCUGCUGGGCGGCAGCCGCUCGGGAAGGAGCGAGCGCUCACAUGGCGCAUCCGGAGUCGCCCCCAGCGUGCGUCCCGGGGGGUCCAGCCGCCCGCGUGUGCGCUCCCGGGAGCCCAGCCAGGCCUGGGGACGAAGAGCCGCAGAGGCCGUGGGGUCGUGGGCCGCGCGGACAGCGGGCGGGGGCCGACGGGGGGUGGCCGGCCCCGUGGGUCUCCACUGGCCGGCUCCCGGGCCGGGGCCUAG